CUUGUAGUACUUCUAUCCAGCAACCCGGAAAAUGUCAGAGUAAUCCUGCAUUUUUUUUCCGAUUAACUGUAUAGGACAAAAAAGCACACAUGAUGGAUAUUUGCACAAGUACAGAUUGACUGCUACUGGCCUGUUGCAAAAAUACAACUGCUCUAACCUGCUCUUAAGCUCGUCCAAUUACACCCCUCACUGCAAAGUCAAAAGUCAGAAAUCUGCGGGUGCUAGGCUACUAGGCUAGUUCCCCUCUUACUGCCGUGUGCUGUGUGCAUGCGAGCGCGCGAGGUAGCAGCUGGGCUGAUAGCGCACGCCAUUCCGGGGGCGGCGACCAUGGCCACGGGGAUCAUCCCCACCGUCCUGCUCGCGGCGGGCGUCACGCUGAUGGUGCUCGUCCACAUCCUCGUGAUCUUCUGGGCGCUGCGGCGGGGCUUCAUCGAGCGCCGCCUCUCCCGAGUCCGCGUCGGGGAAGGGGGGCAGGACGCGGAGGAGGCAGGAGCUGGCCUUACGGAGGAAGAGGUAGGCGAGCUGCCUUGCCACGAUUUCAAGCCGGAUCAACUGGCCGCUGGCGAAGGCGGUGCCGGCGAGUGCGCGGUGUGCCUGGAGGCGUUGAGGGACGGGGAGCGGUGCGCGGUGCUGCCGCGGUGCGGGCACGGGUUCCACGCCGAGUGCGUGGGCUCGUGGCUGCGCAAGAGCCGCCUGUGCCCCGUCUGCCGCGCCGAGGUCGUCGCCGGCAGCCCGCGGAAGGAGGCCGGCGCCAUGGCUGCCGAGGUCGUCUGAUCGCUGCUGGUUGAUCGGUAGCGGGAGGACUUGAACGCAGUGUCAGGUGCUUCCUUUUUUGUUGGUUUUGCAUUGUGGGUUUGUAGCUAGUGUGUACAUGGUUCGUGGACGAGUAGAAACGUUUUGCAUCUGUGAUGUACGGAAUACUACUCCGUAUUUAAGUGUUGGGUAGUUCUUGUUGAUUUAUAAAAAGAUCUCAUUUUGUAAAUGCCAUGUUGAUGUAGAUGCUCAUAUCGCUCUUUGUCUUUUUCUUUUUUGCAAA